CAGAGCAUGGGGCCGGGAGGGACAGGGAUGUGGGAAAGCGGGUUGAGAGAGGGAUCAUCACUAACACAACGAUGGGUAGCGUGGUGAUUUGAAGGGGUAAAGGGAAAAUCAGCAGCGAGGAGUCGAUGUGGUGAUGGGCUGUAUCUGUGUAAACUCUUGGGCCACGAACAGGAAGCCUAGAAACGUCCUGACUCACACCGGCUUUAUAUUCUUGGCGAUUGCUUUAAAAUCAACCGACUUCGCUUGCUAAGUUGCCAGGACCGAGAAGGGAACAGAAAGGAACAGCUGUGCUUUAAAGACAAGCGAAUCUGAAGGAGGAUCCCUCUGGCUGUUGCGUGGAGAAUACACUAUAGGAGGCGGAGCUAUGGAAACUCUGCUCUCAAAACUGAGACAGAGAUGUUUGAGAAAUAUUACGCUAAACUGGAGCCCAGGGAACACCGGCCUUCACGAAUAUCAGAAAUUAAAAUAUCAGCAGCAGAGUAUGGACAGUUACGGGGCAGGCGUAGAUCCAAAUCCCGCACAGGCGUGGACCGUCUGAUAGGCCUCACUGUCGACCAGAAGCUCGAGCUUAUACAAAAGGAGCUCGAAGACAUGAAGGAUGAAAUAAGGCACAUGAGGGCAAAUGCCGAACGGGACCUGCAGCACCAUGAGGCCAUCAUUGAGGAAGCUGACAUUCGAUGGACUGAAGUUCAGCGGGAAGUGCACGAGUUUGAAAGAGAUAUUCUAAAAACCAUAUCCAAGAAGAAAGGGAGUAUUUUGGCCACUGAGAAAGUGAUGAAGUACAUUGAGGACAUGAACCGCAGGAGGGGUAAUAUGAAGGAUAAAUUACGUUUGAAAAAUGUUUCUCUCAAAGUUCAAAGGAAGAAAAUGCUUUUACAAUUGAGACAGAAGGAAGAGGGGGGUGAGGCCCUCCACGAAGUUGAUUUUCAGCAGCUAAAAAUGGAGAACGCUCAAUUUUUGGAGACGAUUGAAGGAAGGAAUCAAGAACUGAUCCAGCUAAAGCUGGCAUCUGGGAACACCCUGCAGGUCCUCAACGCCUACAAAAGCAAGCUUCACCGAGCAAUGGAAAUGCACGUCAAUCUGGACAAGGAGAUCUUGCUGAGAAAGGAGCUACUUGCAAAAAUCGAAAGAGAAACCCUACAAGUAGAGGAGGACCGGACCAAAGCCGAAGGUUGGAACAAGAAGUUGCGCAGGCAGCUGGCGGAGUUCGGGGCGCCGCAGGUGAUGGUGUACGUCCGGGAGAAGAUCUUAAAUGGAGACCUGGAGAAGAGCAUCAAGAUGUGGGAAAGGAAAGUGGAGAUUGCAGAGAUGUCCUUAAAAGGCUACCGCAAGACCUGGAAUAAAAUGAAAACAACUAAUGAGCAGUUGCAGGUGAUCUGCCCCCUGCCUGGUAAAUAGCCAGAGGCGCCCCGGCUUGCAGACCAAGGCGUGAUCCAUUAAAGUAAUCAGCUCCUUUCUACAUUAAAGUAAUC